UCAUAGUCUGUCUUCGGGUGGGUGUCUGCCGUGAUUUUUUUUUUGACGGCUCGUAAUUUUAAUGAAAAAUCUGAUGAUGUCUUUAACGAAGAAGAUGUCAUAAUUCUAUUCUUCCUUGCACGAGCUGGAGCAGGAGUGAUCUGUGAUGGAGUAGGCAUAGGCGGAGGCGACAGGGAAGAGCAAGAGACUUCAGCUUAGUCAAAAAAUUAUCUGGUGACUUCUGACAGCUCUAUCAAGAUGUCUCAAAUGGACUCAUUUCUUCCACUCUUGACAACAUCUGACAUAAUGAAAAAGCUCUCAGUGAGUGCAGAUGUUGUUAAGCACCUGGAGUCUACCUCUGAUAUUGAAUGUGAAGACAUUGGACUCUUCAUUGAUAGGAUAAUACCUUGGACCGCACAAAGCAACUUCAGGGUGGCGCAGAACGGACUGACGAUCCUGACUCUGCUGGCCGAGCGGAUGAGGUCCGGCUUCCGACCCUACCUCAAGGACGUGCUGCCACACGCCGUGGACAGACUCGGAGACCCCCGGGACACGGUCCGUGAGAAGGGUCGCCAGCUGCUGGCUCGGCUGAUGGCGGGCUGCCUGACGCCGCGCCAGCUGUUUGACCGACUGGCGCCGGCACUGGCGCACAAGAGCGCCAAGGUGCGAGAGGAGAUGCUGCUGCUUCUCCAGGAGGCCGUCACUGUUCACGGCGCCGGCUCGAUCCACCUGACGCCCCUGGUGGCGCCAGUGGUGGGUCUGCUCGGCGACCCGACCCCGGCCGUCCGAGACGCCGCCUUCAGCACGCUGGUGACGCUGUACAAACACGUGGGCGAGCGACUGAGACACGAUCUGCAGCGGAAACAUAGCGUGCCAUCGGCCAGACUGCCGGCUCUGAUGGCGGCGUUUGACGCGGUGCGCGAUUCCGGGGCCGGACCGCCGACGUCCCGAGGUGCCGUCACACCAGGUGUCCGGAAAGAAUCGACCGAUGAGGUGGACAGAGUGGCGGUCUCGGCCACCUCGGCGGCGCGGUCCACUGGGAUACCGACCGUGCGGCGCUCUCUGACGCAGAAGACGAGCAACGGCGCGGUGCACUCCGGAGGCGCCGGCGCCAUCGACGAGGCCACGUUCAUCGCGUCGUUCGAGCAGGUGCCACGGCUACAGAUCUUCUCUCCCAAGGAGCUCGAGGACACGAUGACGCGCCUGCGGGAGACGCUGAGCCAGCCGUCGGCCGACUGGGACUCGCGCACUGAGGCGCUGAGGAAGCUGAGAGGCGUGCUGGUGGCCGGCGGAGCCGACUUUGACGAGCUGUACCGGCACCUGCGACUCAUGGAGCCGGCGCUGCAGCUCUCCGUCCAGGACCUCAGGUCUCAGGUGGUGCGCGAGGGCUGCAUCACGAUCGCCUACCUGUCGCAGCAGCUGGGCUCGCGCGUGGACCACCUGUGUCACUCGCUGCUGCCGGUUCUCAUCGAACUGAUACCCAACAGUGCCAAGGUGAUGUCGACGUCAGGCGUGGUGGCCAUCCGGUUCAUCAUCCAGCACACGCAGCACGCCCGGCUGAUCCCCAUCAUCACCAGCCAGCUGAGCAGCAAGUCCAGAGAGAUCCGGCGCGCCUGCUGCGAGUUCCUCGAGCAGAUGAUCACCACAUGGCCGACGCCGGCCCUCGAGCGACACGUGGCGGCCAUUCAGGAGGCGAUACGCCGCGGUGUGGCUGACGCGGACAGCGAGGUGCGAGCCACUAGUCGCAGGGCGUACUGGGGGUUUGCCGACCACUUCCGGCAGCAGGCUGACUCGCUGCUCAACUCACUGGACCCGCAGCAUAAGCGGCUGCUGGCCGGCGCCCGCUCCCAGUCCGGUAGCGCCGGCUCGCUCAACACGCCGGGCCGCCGCUCUCGCUCCACCAGUCAGGAGAGCCUGCCGUCGGCCGUGGGACUCAGUCGAACGGGCUCCACCCGGAGGAGCGGGCUGCCGCAGCCGAGCCCCGCGCCGGUGGAUAGGGGGAAGUCUCCGGCGCCGCCGGCGUUCCGCUCUACAUCUGCCAUCGACCUGCAGGCGGCACAGCGGGCCAGUGUGCGCGCCCAGUACGCGGCCGCCCAGCGCGCGCGCGCCGCCGCCGGACCCGGCAGUCUGCUAUCGAGCACGCCGGGUCCGGGCCGCGCGCGGCCGCCGCCCUCGUCCGUCGGCCCACAGCGCACCCGUUCCGUGACGCAGAGUCAGCCCGGCAGUCGGAGCAGCUCGCCGUCUCGUCUCGGUCUGACCGGGCGCGGCUCUCCGUCCGAGUCCCAGACGCUGGGCAGACGCCGGCGCCGCUCGGGCAUUCCGCGCUCCACGGGUCCGUCCCGCGAGACGUCUCCGCACCGGCAGACGCCGGCGGGAGCCACAGGGAUCAGGAGGCCCGGUGUGACUGGCCUAUCCCGUCCGGCGGCGGCCGCCGACCUUCUGCGGCAGAGGAGGGCCUCUGAGAGCGCCCCUUCAGACACACCGGCGUCGGUGGCCCGGUGGCGCUCGCCAGUACCCGAUAUGUUCUCAGAGGGCUCCCCGUCAGAGGCGGGCAGUCUCAGCUCCGGCCGCUCGUCUCUGGAGCCCACCCCGCGCAGAGACGCGGGUGGCUGGAACAGCGGCCCUCAGUCGCUCGGCUCACUCCCCAGCAGCCUGCCCGAGGUCGGAGACCGGCCGGUGGGUGAUGUGAUCGAGCAGGCGGCCUCCACGCAGUGGUCGGAGCGCCGCGAGGGUCUGCUCGCCCUGCAGGCCGUGCUCCGCUCCAACAGAAUGCUAGCCGCUUCCGAGCUCAGCCGAGUCACCGAGCUCUUCACCAAAAUGUUCAUGGACCCGCACACCAAGGUGUUUGGCGUGUUUCUGGAGACGGUCCAGGAGCUGGUGAUCCAACACCACGACGACCUGGGUGACUGGCUCCGCGUGCUGGUGGCGCGACUACUCACCAAACUUGGUGCCGACGUGCUCGGAUCCGUGGUUCAGAAACUGGAGCACACACUCAGUGUGGUUAGGUCGUCGUUCCCAGCCAGCCAGCAGCUGCAGUGUGUGUGCCACUUCCUAUUGGACCAGUACCAGACGCCCAACGGACGCGCCAAGGCGGCCGCGCUGCGCUACCUUCGCGCCCUGCUCGACAGUAUGGACGCAGCCGAGCUGACCGGGGCCGACGCCGACCUGCCGGCCGCCGUCACCAAGGUUCUCAGCUGGGCGUCUGACCAGAAGUCGGUGGAGACGAGGAGCGCCGCGCGUGCCGUUAUCGUGGCGCUGUUCGAGCUGAACACGGCAGAGUUUACCCGUGUCCUCCAGCAGGUGCCCAAAUCGUGCCAGGACGCGGCCACGGACAUUAUUCAGCAGCACCUGCGCCGUCGCGCCAGCGUGGACCAGUCGGCGGCCCAGCUGCGGACUCGUCCCGGCCGAGACGGCGACGGUGGCAGCCCGGACCCUCCGGCCGCCUCCACUCCGGAGGCACCCUCCGACAGCGACGAGCAGCAGCAGUUGGCCGCCGCGCUGGCCGCCCUCCACCUGGAGCCGGCCGAACAGUGGCAGUCUGCGCUGCACUCGCUGGCCAGGCUGGCGGGGACCGGCUCGGAGCAGCUCUGGCGCGACCACUACAGCGCCGUGCUCCACUUGCUCCUGGACAGUCUGCAGUCGGGCGGUGCGGCGCGCGAGCCCGUCCUCGCCGCGCUCACGGCCAUGCUGCGCCGCGACUCCAUAGCCGGCCUGCUGCUGCCCUUCAGCGAGCUACUGUUCCGACGCGUGCUCGAGGCGCAGGCCGAGCCGGCCGAGCGCGAGGUGGCCCGCGCCGCCGAACAGUGCGCCGGAGCGCUGGCCGCGCGGCUGCCGGCGGACGCGGCGCUGCGCGCGCUAGGACCGCUCGUGCAGGCCGGUCAGUUUCCACUGAACCGGGCGGCGAUCAACACUCUGACGCGGCUGAUGGAGCAGCGGGAGUCGGCCGCCGUGCUCGGCUGGCUGCCGGAGCUGAUGCCGCUGCUGCUGAAGGCAUACGAUAACCGCGAGUCGUCGGUGCGAAAGGCGGCAGUGUUUUGUAUCGUCACGGCGCACACUGUGUGCGGCGGUGACGCCGUCGAGCCCCACCUCACCGCGCUCAACGCCACCAAAAUGAAACUACUGCGCAUGUACAUCGCGCGCGCCCAGGGCGCCACCUCGCCCGGAGACUCGCCCCGCGGAGUCGACUCGCCCGGAGAGUCGCCCCGGGACACGGAAUCGCCGCCCAAGUAGUGCGGCCGCUACUCGGGGCGGUUUCUACCAGUUCUACCAGACUCCACCGGUCUCCGCUCCGCUCGGGGCAGGUCUCGUCUGACCGUCGGGGUCGGUGUAAGCCGGCGCAGAGCGGCUGGGCCGGCGCUGGGAGCCUGCUUUACCCUCACCGGGCGCCCGCCGCGGGCUAUCGGCAGCAGCUUUAACACGGCGACCCGCCAUUGAGAAUAUGUUGGCUUUAAUGUUGCGCGCCGCUGUGUUCUUCCUUGCGGUGCCCUAUGCAAGGAGCAGCCGCGGGCUGGUAACCAGUGCUGGCUGUCAGCGGUGGUUCCGGUAACCAGGGGAAGGAACAAGGUAGUUCCGUAACCAGGGAAGAGAACCAGGUGGUUCCUGUAACUGAAAGGGAUACUCAGAGCCAACUUGUAACACUCCCAGGGUAACAGACUUUGGGCCCCAGGCGUGGGUCUGUAAUCAAUCCUGACUGGGCUUUGACCGUCCGCCCCAAACCAGCGUUGUGUCCUUAUGGCUGAUGGCUCGUAAUCUUGCAGUGGAUGCCUGAGCUACCCUAGUAACGGUUCCUUGUCAGCGGUCCCACGGCUGACAUCAAACUGAUUUUAACGCAUUCCUGGUGCCCCGCAGGCACCGCGUAACCGGCCAUUUCCAGUUAAACAUUCCCGAUGGAUCGCGCGACUGGCCGGGAGUCGGUGAGAUGACCCCUAUGCUCGGUCACAAUAUGCAGAUGCACGGUGCUGUCUGAUGUGUAGGGUUAUACCGUUAUGUUUUUAUAUUUUUCACCCCGUUUUAGGCCGAUGCGGACGGGUGUAUGGGUCCUCUGCGGCGCUGAGCAGCUGUCCCGGUGUUUAAUCUGUGAUCGGUGGCCGUCCACUCGUUCCUGGGGGAGGGGUGGCGGCGUCCUGAGACGGGUCGCGGGGGAGGGGUGGGCGCGCUUCGACAGCCAGUCACUCUUGUGACGCUUAACUGUGUGUGCAAUGGUGAGAGUGUGCAAUGUGAUCAGACGACUAUGCCUUUGCAAUGAGCUAAACAAUGGUAGCUAGACAAAAUAAACUUAUUGACCACUGACAGA